UCGUAAAUUUUCGUUUCCACGUCGACACAGUGUAUAUAGGUACACAAUAUUUAUAGGUGCAUAAUAUUAUACUAUAUUAUUUUAAUAUACGUUCCAUUUUAACGAGAAUAACUAAAAAUUGUCUGCCGAAAAUAAUUUUAAAACCACCUAUACCUAUACGUUAUCAUGAAAAAGUGUCCGGAAUACAUGGACCGCAAGGUGUUCGAAUUCGGAACGGAGGAUGCGGGCCCAGGACCUGCAGCAUACGGGGCCCGGACGACGGUGGGUCGCCUGAACCGAUUGCCCACCGUAGCCGGUGCACCAUCGUGCUCGAUGCACCAGAGACUGGACUUGGGCAACGAGACCGAGGGGCCAGGGCCGGUAGUGUACAAUCUGGCACAGCUGACGUGCCGUGGUCGAGCCAUGGCGCCACGGUACAGCAUGGCCAAGAAACUGCCUUUCGACGGCGACAUGGACAACCCGGGACCGGCGGCGUACAAGCCUAGAGUCCCGGUCAAUGGUCCGGUACCCAAGAUGCUGUUUCGGAUAAUCGACCCAGAUCCCAGAGCCGUCAACCCUGGGUCCAACGUUUACAAGUUGCCGUCAACACUGUCGCGCAAAAAGAUUACGCUGGCCAAGAAAAUCGACGAAAUCAUAGACAUCAAAUCACCCGGUCCGGUAUAUCAAACGGUGCCUUUGAACAAAUACAAAACGAAAGCGCCCCAAUACAGUCUGUCGAAGAAAUUCGAAAACCCUCUGUUGGCCAACGAGAUGAAUGGCCAAUCGCCGAGCCCGCAGGCAUACAAUCCCACGCUCAAGUACAAGUACAAAGUUAUGCCGAAGUUUUCGUUCGGGAUGCGGCGUCCCGAUAAAUUUCCACCAUUAGUGGUGUGUGGCGACGAUGUUAAAAUACCAAAAUAAACGGUUUGUAACUAUAUUUCCGUCUAAGGACCUCGCCGUCGCGUGUCCGUAGCGUAUAAAGGCACUAUCACGACAUAAUAUACCUACGUCCUACAGGGUAUACGAA